AUGAGCAGGAAGAGCCCAAAUCGGGAGGAACAGCCUGAAGCAAAGCAGCUGCACAAGGAGGUUGCUGUGUCUCACUGGUGCUUGGACACUGCUCACAUCAGCUUCAUCUCAGCAGAGCUCAAAGGCCUGUGUGCUUCCACACAAAGGGAUUUGUUUGUUUGUGUGUUUGGUUCCUGCAGGUGCCAGAGCAGUGCUGUGGGCUCAGUGGCCCGUCCUGAGGGGGGGACAGGGCAGGUUGUCCCCAGGGCACCGUGGGGCCGGUGCUGGUGUGAGCAGUGCUGCUCGCUGGGCACACUGCUGCUCCCGGAGCAGCUGCUCCUGCUGAUCCUGCAGCUGGAUUUUGGUGUUUCUGAGGAGCUGGCAGUGCUGGAGGAGGCCGAGCAGCUCCUGGCGCAGGAGCCUGUUCUCUGCUUUCACCUGUUCCACGUGCUGGAUCAGAGCCUUGAACGCCACCUCCUGCGCUCCCCAGGUGAGCUCCUGCAUCCUCUGCUGGAACUGCUGCUCACAGUCAGCCUUUUCCUGCAGGAACUUGCUCCUGACGGCGUGGCUUUCCUCGGCACAGCGUAUCCUGGUGACCCGCAGCUCCUUCUCCAGCGCCUUCACCUUCUGCUCCGCCUGGACCUUCUGCUCCUUGUAGGGCUCCAGCUCCUCCAGCUCUGUGUCCAGGAGCGAGGCCUCGGCCUCCGUGUCCUUCAGGGCACCCCUCACCUCCCGCUCCUUGCCAGCAUACCGUGGGGUCAGCUCCUCCUUCUGCUCCUGGAUUCGGGCCAGAUCCUGGCAGUUCUGGUGGCUGAGGGUGAUGAUCAUUUCCGGGGGGUCCUGGCUGAGCUUUGCUCCGCAGGACAGGUAGGACUGGCUCUGCUCCUGAGUGUCCUGGCCUUCCUUUUCCAGGCGUUUGUUUCCGUGCAGGAGCUGCUCUGCUCUCCCCAGGGCCUCUCCAUCCUUGCUUUUCGUUGUUUUGGAUGCCAUAUCCCAGCCAAGACGUGAAAAACUGAAACAGAAGGAAAAACCAGCUCAGAGUGAACAUUUUUGCCCCAGUCCUGCCCUUGUGUUUCCAGCUGGUUCUUCCAUCUGCUCAAUAUGUUUAACCCAAAACUGUUUGGGGUGGAAGCGCAGUUGCUGUACCUGGAUUUGCAUUUCCCAUCCUGAAUUGCCUCAGGAGAAAACCAAAAAUGCACAUUUUUAAAGAUUUCUCUUUUUUGCCAUGGAAUGUUGGGAUAUUCCUGUGGUUUGGAGGAAGAAAUGCAAGUCUGCCCCUUUCCUCCCCCGCUGAUUCCAGUGUUUGAAGAGGCAGCUGCAUCCCAAACCAGAAUCUCCUCUCUAAAACCAGUAUCUCACAUCCCAAUUUCAGGACAUUCUCUUUAAAAAAAAAAUAAUUAUCAGCAUUAAUUUAAUGAGGUUCAGGUUUUAAAACACUUUUUAAGCAUUAAUUUCAGGAUUGGCUGAAUUCCUGAACUAUUUAUUCCAGUGUAAAAUGCUGGAAUUCAGGAUUUAGAGCUGACAGGUCCGAUAGUUUUGGUGAAUAUUUGUAAUUAAAAAUUCCCAUUUCCUAAUACAACUCAUGUCAAUUCUUAAGGAAAAAAAAUUGCAAAAUUCCUGGAGAUGGAUGACAAGCAGAAUAAAUCCAUGAACUCCCAGCACAGGCUGCACUGAUGCUGGAAUUCUGGGAGGUUGGUGUGGGGAAUGUGUGAGGGUCAGAGUAUUCCCCGUGGGAAAAGGCCAAAGCUGGGAUUGUACAAAAUUUGGUGUUUUGAGGCACUGACCUUGGCUGCUCCCGGGUUUUCCCUGGUCCCAGCGCUCCCGGUUUGCUGCUCCUGGAGCCCGUGUGUGUUUGGAGCUGUGUCCAUGGAGAUGAGGAGCUGAGGUCACAGUGUGAUCCCAGCCCCAGCCAGCUUCCACAGUGGGAUCUGAUCCCCAGGGAGGCUCUGCAGGAGGAUCCCAUCCCCAGGACAGCACCCCCAGAUCCUUUCCCAGCUUUCCUGACUCUGUCCCAAGCCUGGAGCCAUCCUUGGGGUUGUUGUGUCCCCAGGGCAGGACACAGCACUCGGUCACACUGACCCUCACACCACUGACCCCUGCCCGUGGAUCCCAUCCCACCAACCCAGCCUGGCCAGAUCCCUCUGUGGGGGGAUCCAGCCUCAGAUCCAGCCUCAGAUCCAGGCUCAGAUCCAGGCUCAGAUCUCCAGCCUCAGAUCCAGCCUCAGAUCUCCAGCCUCAGAUCUCCAGCCUCAGAUCCAGCCUCAGAUCCAGCCUCAGAUCUCCAGCCU